CCAACACCAACUACCACAUUUACUGUUUGAAAAAUCUCCUUUCUUGCUUCACACAUACUUUUCCCCAUUUAAACUGUAAGUUUAUAUUGCUCUUUGCUUUAUUCAUUUCCAUUCAUUUUCAAAAGUAAUACACUUUGUAUAUCUAAUUAUCUUAUUUAUAUAAAUCUGUUAAUUUGUUUUUCAUAAUUAACAGAUCUAUAUCUGUGUAUAUACAUCUUACAAUUAGUUAGCUUGAAAUUGGAACCAUACCCAUUAAGUUGAAUUUGAGCAAAAAAAAAAGUCAAGAAAUGAAUACUAGCAGUUGUAUGGGGAUAUCAACUAUGAAACCAUGUUGUAGAAUCCUAAGCAGUUGUAAAGGUUCAUCCUUUUUUGGGUACCCAUUUAGGAAAUGUAACCAUUUAGUGACUGAUAAUUUGUCGAAACCACACUGCAAACCAGAUAAUAUAGAUAGGGUUUCUAAUUAUGCAAAUAGGGUUAUAGGAGUUAGGAGGGUUAUUGAUUCGAAUCGGAGUGUUUUUUGUGGAUCCGAUUCGAAUUGGAGGCAGUCUAGGAUUCUUUUGGGUCUUAAUUUGAAUAGGGAAACUAGGCUCGACUCGUUCAUUGUAAAUGUUGCAUCUGAUAUAAGGAAUCAUUCAACUUCAGUUGAAGCUCAAGUUAAUGAAAAGAGCUUCGAGAAGUUUUACAUACAAGGGGGCUUAAAUGUUAAGCCUUUAGUUGUUGAGAGAAUAGAAUCAGGUAAAGACGUAGGUAAAGUCGAAGAAGAAGAAGUUAGGGCGGAUAUAAAUGAUGGAUCGAAUGUAAAUAUAAAACAAUCUGAUAAUUAUUUAAAUGGGGAGAGUGCUUCUGAAUCACCCAAUGAGAGAGAGUUAUCUGAAGUGGAAAAGGAAGCAUGGAAUUUGCUUAGGGGAGCAGUUGUAAACUAUUGUGGCUUCCCCGUUGGGACUGUGGCAGCUAAUGAUCCAGCUGAUAAGCAGCCGCUUAACUACGAUCAAGUGUUUAUACGCGAUUUUGUCCCAUCGGCUCUUGCUUUUUUGCUGAAUGGAGAAGGGGAGAUUGUCAAGAAUUUUCUGCUCCACACUCUGCAGCUGCAGAGCUGGGAGAAAACUGUGGACUGCUAUAGCCCUGGAGAAGGAUUGAUGCCCGCAAGUUUUAAAGUCAGAACUGUGCCUCUUGAUGGAAGGAAUGGUGAAUUUGAAGAUGUGCUGGACCCAGACUUUGGUGAAUCCGCAAUUGGGCGUGUUGCACCUGUUGAUUCUGGGUUGUGGUGGAUUAUAUUAUUAAGAGCUUAUGGAAGGAUUACAGGGGACUAUACUUUGCAAGAGAGGGUGGAUGUGCAGACAGGAAUAAGCCUGAUACUUAACCUGUGCUUAAGUGAUGGUUUUGACAUGUUUCCUACUCUCUUGGUCACUGAUGGUUCCUGCAUGAUUGAUAGGCGGAUGGGUAUUCAUGGUCAUCCACUUGAGAUCCAAGCCCUGUUUUAUUCAGCUUUACGAAGCUCUCGUGAGAUGCUCACCAUCAAUGACUCCACAAAAAGUCUUGUUGCUGCCAUCAAUAACCGUCUCAGUGCACUAUCAUUUCACAUGAGGGAGUAUUAUUGGUGUGACAGGAAAAAGAUUAAUGAGAUAUAUCGCUAUAAAACAGAAGAAUAUUCUACAGAUGCUAUCAACAAGUUCAAUAUCUACCCAGAUCAAAUUCCAUCUUGGCUUGUGGAUUGGAUUCCAGAGAUUGGUGGAUAUUUUGUUGGCAAUUUACAACCUGCACAAAUGGAUUUUCGGUUUUUCACACUUGGAAAUAUUUGGACCAUUAAUUCAUCUCUAGGAUCUCAUGAACAGAAUGAAUCUAUUUUGAAUUUGAUUGAAGACAAAUGGGAUGACCUUAUGGGGCAAAUGCCUCUAAAGAUUUGUUACCCAUCUUUAGAACAUGACGAAUGGCGCAUUAUUACUGGCAGUGACCCUAAGAAUACCCCAUGGUCAUAUCAUAAUGGCGGCUCAUGGCCUACUCUACUAUGGCAGUUUACUCUUGCUUGUAUUAAAAUGGGAAGACCAGAAUUAGCUCAAAAAGCGGUGGAUUUGGCUGAAAAGAGGCUUUCAGCAGACCACUGGCCUGAAUAUUAUGAUACAAGGCAUGGGAGAUUCAUAGGCAAGCAAGCUCGACUGCGACAAACGUGGACAAUUGCUGGAUACUUGACCUCAAAGAAGCUGUUGGAAAAUCCAGACGUGGCAUCCAAGUUGUUCUGGAACGAGGAUUAUGAGCUCCUUGAGAAUUGUGUUUGCACACUGAGAGGAAAUGGUCAUAGGAAAUGUUCACGCUUUGCUGCCAGAUUUCAAGUAGGUCUCUAAAAGUGUCCCAGUUUCUGCAACCUUUGCCAUCAAAGGAGGAGGAUUUUCUUGUUAGGAAUUUAACCUUUAAUGACUUAACAGACGGUUUGUGUUCUCUAUCAGCAAAAUAAAUUGUUAAAGCUUGUGUUGUAGUAUAUCAUCGUACCUUUUGAUUAUAUCAGAAAUUUGACACUGGUAGGUGACAUUCAUCAAUAAAUCUUCUGAUUUUGAAUCUAAAUAUUCUUUAUGUUAA